CCCUUCUGAAUCACAAUAACCUACCCGCUCCCCCCACCCUCUCAUAGGGUCUGGGUUGGUCGGGCCUUCACCAUGUCAAGCUUCACCGAAGCUCCGGCAACACAACCGCCACUACCACCUAUUGCACCGCCAUUAUCGGCGGCGAUGUAUCCAUUGUACAAACAGAAAUCCUGGUCACCGGACACGUUUCGCGAGGAGGCGUGGCAGCGGCGGAAAGGUACUCAUGGAAACUGGCUUAAUAAGCCGAGCAAGAGCGUUACCGAUGAGGACCUUGAUGAGCUUAAGGCGUGUAUUGAAUUAGGGUUUGGAUUUGAUUCGCCUGAAAUGGAUCAGCGGUUGUCUGAUACUUUUCCGGCUUAUGGCCUCUUUUACGCCGUCAAUAAACAAUACACCGAUACGCUUUCGAAGACUUCGUCUUUGUCAUCGGUCAUCUUCGAUUCCGAGUCAAUCUCUCCUCCCGAUAGUCCUCACACCAUUGUUGAUCCAGGAGGGGGAACAAGAUCCUUUAGAUGAACUAGAGAGGUUAACGUAUGGUUGCUAAUAUUUCAAAAAUGGGUGUAGGAGAUAAUCCUCAGACAGUGAAGACAAAGUUGCGGCAAUGGGCACAAGUGGUUGCUUGUGCGGUGCGUCAAUCUUCAUACUAAUGGAUGCUGGAGCUGCAUAUCUGUUGAUUGGACGAAUAUGAUAUGAUGAUGGUGAUUUAUUGUAUCAGUAUUAUGUUAUCAAGGUAUUGAAGCCAGAAGGGACUAAAUCAAACAAAUCAUAGUUAAUGUGAAAGAAGUAUUCAUUGUUAAGAUUGAACCAACUUGUUUAAUCUUAGAACUAGUAGUCUGUUGAUAUGAUUUUAAUUAAUAUGAUUGUGCUACAACCACAAUUACAACUGGUCAACCACCACCAAACUCUUGUCAAUUAAUUGCUAGUAUCCAUGUUUGUUGAUAUUUG